AUGGCUAGAGACUACGAAGUUAGGCGUAAACUUUGGGAUGCAAAAGUACCAGUUCAGUUUGUACUUGAUUCCUGUGAGGCACUGCAAUGUUCUAUAAUGCUUCCAAGGGUAAGCUAUUUUUCACUGGCGUUGCCUCGAGUUCUACAAUUUUUUGGAAAUGCCGUAGAGCAGAUAGACACGGAUUCUGUGUGGUUGCAGUACGGGCCAACUCCUGUCAAAUGGCAUUAUCCAGUUGGGGUGUUGUUCGAUUUGCUGAAGGAAGAUAAUAAACUGCCGUGGAUAAUAACCGUGCGAACAACAGAUUUUCCUGAACAGCUGAUUCGCUGGAGCAGGGAUUCUAUGGAAGGUUCGUUCAUCCAGUCUGUAAAAGAAGCUGACUAUUUGAAACAUAAAGCAGAGGUAGUAAAUUCUAUGAAGCCAGAGGAUUAUAGACGGCUGUGGAAUGGACUGGUUCACGGUAUCUUUUGA